AUGAGAGUAUGGCAGUGGCCUCAUGACUCGCUGUCCAAUUCAGCCAUCCAGGCACUCGCCUCUGGCCUUGCUUCAUGCAGAUCUAGGGAACCAGAGAAGACACGCCCUGGGCGAUCAUGCACAAUACGUUUAAUAGUUUGCCUAUCAGCAUCACAAUUGCAGCCCGGGGAAUUUUUCCAUCCCCACUACAGGGCAGAGGCACUUCUUCCAGUACCAUACCUAUUUCUGUUCAAUUUUGUCCAGCUAUAGCAAGGCAAGACAAAACCAGGUGAUUUGGUAGAAGAAUCACUAAUGUCACAAAAAGGUAUUUUGGAGUUGGAAGGGACCUUGCAGGUCAUCCAGUCCAACCCCCUGUCCAAGCUGGAGACCCUGCACCAUUUCUGACAGAUGGCAGUCCAGUCUCUUCUUGAAAGCCUCCGGUGAUGAAGCUCCCGCAACUUCCGAAGUGAAGACAAGAUGGUUAGCUACGGUAGAAUGUUUUCUCAACAGUAAAAAUGUUAAAUGCAAAAGUUUUUAGAAAGGCAUACAAUGUGUUUUGAAAUAAGUGAGAAGAAACGAUGCCUUAAGCUUUGUCAAACUAGGUGUGCAACACAAUCAGCCUGUUACAGGUGUAACGUCAAGACUGCCUCUUGCCUGCCUUGAACGAGGCACAAGGAGUUUGCCUUUUGCAUUGGGACAGACGGCCGGAGAGCGCUCGGGGACCCUGCAAGCCGACCUCCGUUUCAGUGACGUCAUGCGGCGUGACAACAGCCGACGACAGCCGCCAUAGCAGCCAAUCGCAAGCGGAAUAGAGGAGCGAUGACGCAAACCGCCCUAGUAACAGCGCCGACGUGACCUGCCCAAUCGAAAAAAAGAUGCCAGUCCCCGAGAGCCAAUGGCGGGACGCGGAGUGAAAGAGGUAAGGCGGGGGAGGGGCCUUCCCUCCUCUUUUCGCCGACAAGAUGGCGGUGGUGGCGAAGGUGGCGGGGUUGGUGGCGCCAACGGCUUUGUUUCCUUUCAGCGCUUGAAGCUGGCCGCCCCCGGCCCGGCCGCGAGGGACAACGACGGAGACAUGUCCGCGGAGCCCGCGAGUGAAAGCAAAUUGAAUACAUUGGUGCAGAAGCUUCAUGACUUCUUGGCUCACUCAUCGGAAGAAUCGGAGGACGCAAAUUCUCCUCCAAGAUUAUCUAUGAACAAAAAUAUAGAUAGUGACAGUAUGCCUGGAAAUAUUCCAGCCCCAGUGGAAAACAACAAGGAAGAGGGUAGUAGCUCUUCUGAAAGAUCCAAAUCAUUAGGAUCAUCGCGCUCCAAAAGAAAACCCACAGUAGUAACAAAAUAUGUUGGCUCAGAUGAAGAACAAACUUUAGAUGAAACCAUUAUUCAAGAUGUUUCAAAUGAAAACUCGGAAAAUGAAGUUGAUAUGAAAAGUUUGCCAAAAGGAACUAUUGUUGUACAACCAGAGCCAGUACUUAAUGAAGACAAAGAUGACUUUAAAGGACCUGAAUUUAGGAACAGAAAUACUGCUAAACUAAAACCAGAAGCUCAGAAGAAGCGAGGAGAGGAAGGGCUUCAUGGAAUUGUUAGCUGUACAGCUUGUGGUCAGCAGGUGAAUCAUUUUCAAAAAGAUUCUAUCUACAGACAUCCAACAUUGAAAGUUCUUAUAUGUAAGACUUGCUUCAAAUAUUAUAUGAGUGAUGACAUCAGCCGUGAUGCAGAUGGAAUGGAUGAACAGUGUAGAUGGUGUGCUGAAGGUGGAAACUUAAUUUGCUGUGACUUUUGCCAUAACGCAUUCUGCAAAAAAUGUAUAUUGCGCAAUUUAGGCCGAAAGGAGCUGUCAACUAUAAUGGAUGAAAAUAAUAAAUGGCAUUGCUAUAUUUGUCAACCAGAACCUUUGCUGGACUUGGUCACUGCUUGUGAUAGUGUAUUUGAAAAUUUGGAACAAUUAUUACAGCAAAAUAAGAAGAGAAUCAGAGUCGAGAGUGAUAAAAGUAAAAUGUAUGAUAAUUCCCUUAAAUAUUCUUCAAAGAAAAAUAGUUCAAGUUGUAAUGGAGAAGAAAAGAAAUCAGAUCAUCCAUAUUCUGGUGUUCUAACUUAUUCUUAUAAAGCUCUAAUGGUGCCAAAAGUACUGCUGAAAAAAACAAAAAAGCUUGCUGAAACCACAACUAAUAUGAAUGCUAGUUUUAUAAAGUUUCUCAAGGAGGCCACUGAAAAUUCUGAAAUAAAUAGAACAGUACAUAUACGUCAGCUAAAGGCUUUUAAGUCUGUGUUAAAUGACAUUAAAAAGACUCACGCAGCAUUGGAGGAAGGUCUGAACCUAGAGAUUCAAACUCUGGGUGCUAAAUUCAAACAGAAACAUACCAAGGAGAAAGAAACGGAAAUUAAAAUGAGUAACAGUGAAAUGAAAAGAACUGAAGGAAAAGAAUGCAAAGAAACUAAAACUGUAUCAGAAGUCAGUGAGCCUUCCAGUGAUCAGAGUGUGCCAGUAACAGAGCGGACGGGAAACAAAAAAUUGAACUGUAAAGAUAAAAAGACUGGCAAAAGUGAAGAGCUUCAAUAUAAACCUAAUAACAUUGAAGCAACAGAUAUGGACAUUGUUUCUGUUCCCUCAUCUGUUCCUGAGGAUAUUUUUGAAUCCUGUAUGGAUGUGCAGAAAGCAGGUGGACAGAGUAUUGUAAACAGAACAGAACAUGGUUCAGGAAAUACUAAUAAAUCUAAAGAUAGUAAAGGUGGGAAUAAGUUGAUGCAUUCUCCCAAAGUUAAGAAGGAAUUGGUUGUAAAAUUGACACCAGUUUCUUUGUCUUGUUCUCCUGUGAAACCUGAGGAUUCAGAUGAAAAACUGGAAAAGGGAGAGGACAAAGAAGAUGGAAAAGAAAAUUGUAGUUCUGAAUGCAUGCCAGAAAAAGAUUUCCUUUCACAGGUAGAAGAUCUCAGAAGGUCUCCACGAGUUAAAACUACACCUUUAAGGCGUCCAACAGACAUAAAUACCUUAACUUCUAAUUCUGAGGAAGAUAGCAACGAACCGUAUGGUGAAAAGUAUGGCAGAAAAACCACACCGUCCAAAAGGAAAAAAGACAAGGAGAGUUCUCCGAGCGGCACCAUUUGCAGUCCUUCGUCAAACAAAGGGCUUGCUGGAGACCCCAGUUCGGAUUCUGAUGAAAUGCCUGCUGUGCUCCAAGAGGUGGCCAUGAUGAGCCAGAAUUCUUCAGAUCCUGAUAGCAGCAAUGAAAUACCCAAAGAGGCACUAAAUACAUUAAAGAAGAGAAUGGUGAAGGAAGAUAAUGGAAAACGAAAAAGGAAAAGUUCUUGUUCUGGUUCAGAUUUUGAUGCUAAGAAAGGUAAUUCAAAUAAAGUAUUAGGUGCUGCUAAAAAGAAACGCCAGAACUGCUCAGAUUCUUCUCAUAAUGAUUCUGAAUUGGAAAGAGAAAAUACAACAGAAACAGAGCAAACAAAAGAAACUACAAAAGAAAUACCAAAGAACGAGAAUUACAUUUCUGUGGAAGAGGAAUUGCCUAAAAAAGAAACGAGAGAAUCAAACCAGAAGCAGCAAGAUGAAUUGCCCAGUGAAGUUGAUGAAUUUUUAAUUUCAGACAAGGAGAAGGCAGGCAGCUCUUUGGAAGACACACCUGGUAAAGAGGCCUCUGUUAAAGAAAAGCGGGGCCAAAAUGUCAAAGAGACCACAUUGAGAGGAAGACGCAGCCUUUCCCCUAGAAAAGACAACAACAGCAGUGCUUCAGGCAAGCAAAGCAAACCAUGGGGGAAACUGCGGGAUUUAUCUUCCGAUGAUGCAGGACGGUCCCCAAAGCAAGAACAAAGUGGCGAGUCCUCAGAUGAGAUCAAGAAAGCCAAACAAGAAAAAGAAAAAGGCACAAAUGAGAGAAAGACCUCGGAAAGGAGGCAAAGUGAUUCCUGUUCUGAAAUGGAGAAGCCUUCUCUGGAGAAAGAAAGCUGCAGUGCUUCUGGAAGUAGCAGUAAAAACCAAAAAAUAUCUGAAGGAAAAACAGGAAGGAACUUAAGAGGGAGAACUUCUAAGAAACGCCAAGAGAAUGUCUCGGAUGCUGAGAAGUCUCCCCCAAACGAAGCGGUGUGUGACCCUUUGGAAGACAAUUUAAGUAAAAAGGGAGAGAAAGCUAAAGAAAAGAAGAAAAACCCUAAAAGGAGGAAUUCAAAAAAACCGAGAGGCGAGUUCCUGUCUUCUUCCGAUGAAGACUUCUAUGAGGAGAAAAAGAACAAAAAGAGAGGGACAGCUAAGAAGGGAAAUAGCAAAGGCGGCUGUAAAGAGACAGGGAAACGCGAGUUUAAAAAAACCAAGGACACAACUGUCAGUGCCGCCGCCACGUCAUCAUCAUCAGACGAAGCUGAAAACGAAAAUUUGAAUUCAGCGGGCGAGGAAAGCAGCGAUGAGCAGAAAAUAAAGCCAGUAACAGAAAGUUUGUUGGUGGACAGAAAACUGGGAUUUUUUCAGUCUUCAGGAGAUGAAGGAGAGCAUCAAUCUGCAGCUGUGCCAAUGGAAGAAGAAGAAGAUGACGAUGAUGAUCCUGAGAAUAGAAUUGCCAAGAAAAUGCUUUUAGAAGAAAUCAAAGCCAAUCUUUCCUCAGAGGAGGAUGCUUCUUCUGAUGAAGAAUCCAAUGAUGGGAAGAAAAAGAAAGGAAGGCGAGCCAAAAACAAAAGCAAUAGUGGAGAGAAUGAACAAGAAGAUGAGUUUGAAUCUGAUUCAGAUGCCGAAGAGGCCAAGAAACCUAGAUACAGGCACCGUUUGUUAAGACACAAAUUAACAAUGAGCGAUGGAGAGUCCGAGGAAGACAAAAAGGGAAAAUCUAAAGAGGCAAAAGAAGUUAAACGCAGAAAUAGGAGGAAGGUGAGCAGUGAGGAUUCGGAUAAUUCAGAAGCCAGUGAAUCUGGGAUUAGUGAAGAAGUGAGUGAAUCUGAAGAUGAUCAACGUCCUAGAACGAGAUCCGCCAAGAAAGCAGAAUUAGAAGAAAAUCAGAGGAGUUACAAACAGAAGAAGAAAAGGAGACGCAUAAAAGUCCAGGAAGAUUCAUCUAGUGAAAACAACAAGAGUAAUACUGAAGAUGACGAUAAUGAUGAUUCUAAAUCUCCCGGAAAAGGCAGGAAAAAAAUAAGGAGGAUUAUUAAAGAUGAUAAACUCAGAACAGAAACGCAAAAUGCAUUGAAAGAAGAAGAGGAGAGAAGAAAACGGAUUGCAGAAAGGGAACGUGAAAGGGAGAAGCUCAGAGAAGUCAUAGAAGUAGAAGAUACACCUUUGAAAUGUCCAAUUACAACUAAGCUGGUUUUAGAUGAAGAUGAAGAAACCAAAGAACCAUUAGUGCAAGUUCAUCCAAGCAUAGUGACAAAACUUAAACCUCAUCAAGUAGAUGGUGUUCAGUUUAUGUGGGAUUGCUGUUGUGAAUCUCUGAAAAAAACCAAGAAAUCUGCAGGCUCUGGAUGCAUUUUGGCUCACUGUAUGGGCCUGGGAAAGACCUUGCAGGUAGUUGGUUUUCUUCAUACUGUUUUGCUUUGCGACAAACUGGAUUUCAGAACUGCCCUUGUUGUGUGUCCGUUGAAUACAGCCCUCAACUGGGUGAAUGAAUUUGAAAAAUGGCAAGAAGGCCUAGAAGACGAUGAGAAACUUGAGGUCUCUGAACUAGCAACAGUGAAACGCCCUCAAGAGAGGAGCUAUAUGUUGCAAAGGUGGCAGGAUGAAGGAGGUGUCAUGAUCAUAGGCUAUGAAAUGUAUCGUAACCUUGCACAAGGGAGGAAUGUGAAGAGCAGAAAACUGAAGGAAAUAUUUAACAAAGCAUUGGUUGAUCCUGGCCCAGAUUUUGUUAUCUGCGAUGAAGGACAUAUCCUAAAAAAUGAAGCUUCUGCUGUUUCUAAAGCUAUGAAUUCUAUCAGAUCCAGGCGAAGGAUAAUUCUUACAGGGACGCCUUUGCAAAACAAUCUCAUAGAAUAUCACUGCAUGGUUAAUUUCAUCAAGGAGAAUUUACUUGGAUCAGUUAAGGAGUUCCGAAAUCGAUUUAUAAACCCCAUCCAGAACGGCCAGUGUGCUGACUCCACUCUAGUAGAUGUGAGAGUGAUGAAAAAAAGGGCACAUAUCUUGUAUGAAAUGCUAGCUGGAUGUGUUCAGAGGAAAGAUUAUACAGCAUUGACAAAGUUCCUGCCACCAAAACACGAGUAUGUCCUAGCUGUUAGAAUGACUCCCAUACAGUGUAAACUGUACCAGUACUACCUGGAUCAUUUAACAGGUGUUAGCAACAGCGGUGAAGGUGGAAGAGGCAAAGCUGGAGCUAAACUCUUCCAAGAUUUCCAGAUGUUAAGCAGAAUUUGGACUCAUCCUUGGUGUUUGCAGCUGGAUUAUAUUAGCAAGGAAAACAAGGGUUAUUUUGAUGAAGACAGUCUUGAUGACUUCAUAGUUUCUGAUUCUGAAGAAACGUCAAUGAGCUUAAGCUCUGAGGAAGAUACCAAAAAGAAGAAAACAAAGGGCAAGAAAUCUAAGAAAGACAGUAAUUCCAGCGGGAGUGGGAGUGACAAUGACGUGGAAGUGAUUAAAGUCUGGAAUUCAAGAUCUCGGGGAGGUGGAGAAGGAACGGUAGAAGAGCCAAUCAACAACCCUCCCAUCAUUUUAAAGACAGAGGAAGGUAAAAGUACUUCCUCCAACCCUGGCAGCCCAGCCCCUGAUUGGUAUAAGGACUUUGUGGUUGAUGCUGAUGCGGAAGUGCUUGAGCAUUCGGGGAAGAUGAUGCUCCUCUUUGAAAUCCUGCGCAUGGCCGAAGAACUUGGAGAUAAAGUCUUAGUGUUCAGCCAAUCUCUGAUAUCCCUUGACUUGAUAGAAGAUUUUCUGGAGUUAGCAACCCGGGACAAAGAAGAAGGAAAGCCAGUAAUAUAUAAAGGUGAAGGAAAAUGGUUCCGAAAUAUUGAUUAUUAUCGUUUGGAUGGUUCUACUACUGCUCAGUCAAGAAAAAGGUGGGCUGAAGAGUUUAACGAUGUAACCAACAUCAGAGGCCGUUUGUUUAUUAUUUCUACUAAAGCAGGAUCCCUUGGGAUAAACCUAGUAGCAGCAAAUAGAGUUAUUAUUUUUGAUGCUUCUUGGAACCCAUCUUAUGAUAUUCAGAGUAUCUUCAGAGUGUAUCGUUUUGGGCAAACUAAACCAGUAUUUGUGUAUCGAUUUUUAGCUCAGGGAACCAUGGAAGACAAGAUCUAUGAUAGACAAGUAACAAAACAGUCACUGUCUUUCCGAGUGGUUGAUCAGCAACAGGUUGAACGCCAUUUUACCAUGAAUGAACUCACAGAACUCUACACCUUUGAACCAGACUUACUGGAUGAUCCCAGUUCAGAAAAGAAGAAGAAAAGAGACACGCCCAUGUUGCCCAAAGACACAAUUCUAGCUGAACUGCUGCAGAUUCAGAAAGAACAUAUAGUGGGUUAUCAUGAGCAUGAUUCCCUUCUGGACCACAAAGAGGAAGAAGAAUUAACGGAAGAAGAAAGGAAGGCCGCUUGGGCUGAAUAUGAAGCUGAAAAGAAGGGUCUGACAAUGCGCAUCAACAUGCCAGCGGGGCCAAACAUGUUUCCCCCCAAUUUCACGUCUCAGACUCCAUAUAUUCCUUUCAACUUGGCGGCCUUGUCUGCGAUGAGCAACCAGCAGUUGGAGGACCUCAUUAAUCAAGGCAGGGAAAAAGUUGUGGAAGCAACGAACAAUGUUACUGGAGCAAGAAUUCAACCCCUUGAAGACAUUAUUUCCUCUAUAUGGAAGGAGAAUCUCACCCUCACAGAGACGCAGGUCCAGGCUUUGGCUCUGAACCGCCAGGCAGGCCAAGAGUUGGAUGUGAAGCGCCGAGAGGCGAUCUAUAAUGAUGUCUUGACCAAGCAGCAAAUGCUCAUCAGCUGCGUCCAGAGGAUCCUGAUGAACCGGCGGCUGCAGCAGCAAUUCAGCCAGCAGCAGCAGCAGCUCCCACAGCAGCACCCGCAGCUCUCCUACCAGCAGGCUCAGCAGGCGGCCAUGAGCCACCUGAUGAUGGGCAAGCCCCCCCCGGGCCUGAUGAUGAACCCCUCCAACUUCCAGCAGAUCGACCUCCGAGGAAUGUACCAGUCUGCUGCUGGGGCCCUGCACCCCCCGCCCCUGCAGCGAGCCCCUCCCCCCAUGAGUGGCAAAAGCCCAGGACCCUCCCAAGGGAAGCCGAUGUGAUUUUGCACUACCCGCUUGGAGGAUUGGGAAAAUCAGAGAAAGACAAAAAGAGAGAGAGAGAACUUUUUUUAUUUUUUUAGGAAUCAAUGGCUUAACAGAACUCAACUGUAUAAAUAGUUCCUCUCCCCUUACUCACACCUUCUAUUUUAU